AAAAAAUAUGUCUAUCAAUAUGAUUUUAUGAAGAAAAUCAUGUGAAAAUUAAAGAAUAAAAUAAAAAAAUUUUCAUAAUGAAAUUGAAAAAAACAAACGUAAAAGAAAAAUGUGGCAUAUCAAGGGAAUUUUGCACGCAACGAAAUGAAAUCACGGGAGUAAGACAUAUAAAAAAAGUAUUAAAUCUUGAGGUGUUAGCAACACCUCGUACCUUUAAAUCAGCAAAAUUAAUAAAAAAUGAACUAAAAUAUAACGCAGACACAUUUAAAGCCAAAAAUAAAAAAAUGAUAUAUCUCAAGAGUGUGUGGUCGUUUAUAAAAUCACAACACAACUGUUUUGUAUUGUGUUAUUAAUAAAAUUUAUAAUUUCAUACUGCCAACGAGGAAAACUUGAUAUAAUCACCAUAAAAAGAAAAUAACCCUAAAUAAAUCUUUAAUGCGAUCAUAAAAUUCCAACGAUUGAAAAAAAGAACACACAAAAUAAAUGAAUUAAAUUUAUUAAAUAAUUUUUAUUUAAACGAAUUUUUAGCAAUAAAUAACAAAUAACAAAACUAAAGAAAAGAAAUUAUGAAUGAAAUAAUAAUAAAUAAAUCAAUGAAUGUGUUUAAAUAAUUAUACAUACGCAUCACCAAAAACGAAUUCUUUUAAGAAAUAUAAGCCGUGUGAAACCUUUCAAGUAGUUGAACUUCAACUUUGAUAAAUCGAUUUCUAAGGAAAAUUGACAAAAACCAAAUAAAUAAAGCUUCAACCAAACAUGGCCUGAAAGAAAGUUUUAAUUGAACAAAAAUAAAACGUCAAGGAAACCAACAAUUUAACAACGCACCCGAAAUAACGCUACACAACUAUCGAAAGAAUUAAAAAAACUUAAACAUUUCAAAUUGGCAAUUAACUUUUGGACAAGUGCAACUAAAAAAAUAUUAACAAAAGAAAAGAUUAAGAAAUAUAUUAAAGCCAAAUACUAAUCAACGAAGACAAAAAUUAAGCCAAAUAAAAUUCAAAGCAAAGCUUUUAAUUUAACAAACAAAAACAAAACAAAUGUAGUAGUGAUGAGUAUAAUGCUUAAUAUUUAUAGCGCACGCAUCAAUAUCCCCAAAAAUCAAAUUAAGAAAAGAUCACUAAAAUAGAGUAAUUGCAAAAAGUUAAAAAAGCACCUUUACUCUCAAAUAUAAAAACACACAAAAAAGCACACACACUGUUUAGCUCGCCCGCUCUCUUCCACUCAUUAAGCAAUUUAGCUGCAAGCACCCAUAUUUUGCUGUGAGAUACAUAUUUAGAAAAAAAUAUAAAAUAAAAAGCAUCAAAGCUUUCUUCCAUUUUAAUCCUUUACAAAAGAAACAAACAAAAAACUUUAUACAACAACAUUUGAGAGAAUUAAUUAUAUAAAUAAUACAACUACAACAACACCACCACUACAAUACACAAAAUUGAGAUUAUUAUAUGUAAUUGAUCACUUGCCACACACGCUCGCUCUCGCUCGCUGACGUGACAAAAUCACUUCAUUAUUGAACCAGAGAUACUGCAUAAAAAUAACAGAAACAAACGUGUUCAAACCAAACGAAUGAAUCCUUAAUCAAGCGAUCUUGCCCAUCCAGCCAGCCUGAUCCAACCUACUGUUUCCCUCACAAAAAGGCCAAAAAGUCAUAAAGCUUAUCAAAUCAAAUGAAAGCUUCUUCUAACCGUCCACAUUAAUUUUUAUUAAUGAAACGCUUAUCUCUAAAAUCAAACAUAUUUCAAAUUUCUAGAGAUCUAUACUAAACUUACAAUUACCACUACCACUUUAGGUGUGAUUUAAAAACCAACACUGUGGUCAAUUUUGUGUUUGAAAACCCAUCAAGAUAAUUACAAAAUUCGGCCAACAAUUGAGUUUGUGUAAGGAAAACACCCCAAAAGACUAUACAAGUAAAAGGUGUUUUCCCUUCCAAACUCCUCCACCAGCAACAACAAGAAAAACCAUAAUUAAUAAAACAAUAACAAUAACAAUCAGUACAAAAACAAAUUUAUCAAAUUAAACAUGGGUUUAAUACGUAAACGGUUUUCACACCUGCAUAUAAUCGUAGCACUAUGUGUGCUCUUGGCGUCUUGCACAAUAACGCUCACACUAGCUGCCGAUGAUACUAAUGACAAUGAUCCAUCUGAUGAUAAUCAGACUCUCCUACAAAAAGUCACAACACUGCGAGCAGUUAUCGAAGGUGAUGCGGACGAUGACGACAACGAUGUAAAUGGUGAUGACGAUGAUGAUGACGAUUCAAUAUCACUGUCUUCGUCCAAAUCGCCAGCCAACAGCUCAUUAGCGCUGCCGCAGACAUCAUCUAGCGAUGUGCAGUGUAGUGAAGGUCUUGUUGUUCCGUUGUGGAUGCCUCAGACCAAUCUUAGUACUGGAGAUCGGGUCGCACGAGGCUUGGUUUAUUUUUUCAUCAUGAUCUACCUGUUUAUCGGCGUUUCAAUUGUAUCCGAUCGCUUUAUGGCAGCAAUUGAAGUGAUCACGUCUAAGGAAAAGGAGGUGGUGAUAAAGAAGAAAAAUGGCGAGAAACAAAUUGUGGUGGUUCGCGUCUGGAACGAGACAGUUGCUAACUUGACGCUGAUGGCCUUGGGUUCCAGUGCCCCCGAAAUUCUACUAUCUGUGAUUGAAAUGUUUGCCAAGAACUUUGAAGCGGGCGAUUUGGGCCCUGGUACUAUUGUGGGUUCGGCGGCCUAUAACUUAUUUGUGAUCAUAGCGCUGUGUGUGUUUGUGGUGCCCGAUGGUGAGGUACGCAAGAUCAAACAUUUACGGGUGUUCUUUGUCACUGCUUCGUGGUCGGUGUUUGCCUAUAUUUGGCUGUAUCUGAUUUUGGCCCAAAUCUCUCCUGGCCGUGUCGAGGUCUGGGAGGGUCUGCUGACGUUUAUGUUCUUCCCUGCAACUGUGCUGACCGCCUACAUAGCCGACCGUCGUCUCUUGAUCUACAAAUACCUAGACAAGAAUUAUCGCAUGAAUAAGCGUGGCGUUAUUGUGAGCGCUGAGGGCGACGCAGCGCUCGAAAUGAAUCAACAAGACGAAAUCAAACAGCUGGAGGAGACUGAAGAGAUGAAGGACUUUGAGGAAGCCCGGCGUGAAUACAUUUCAUUGUUAAAGGACUUGCGCAAGAAGUAUCCACAAAGUGAUCUGGAGCAAUUAGAAAUGAUGGCUCAGGAGCAAAUGAUUAACCGUGGUCCCAAGUCCAGAGCCUUCUAUCGCAUCCAAGCUACACGUAAAAUGAUGGGUAGCGGCAACAUAAUGCGCAAGAUUCAAGAGCGUGCUCAAAGUGAUCUCAGCGAGGUCAAGGCUCAACUGCAGCGGGUGGACGUCAAUGUCGACGAAGAGGAGGCCGCCCUUAGGGUGUUCUUCGAGCCCGGCCAUUACACCGUAAUGGAAAGCUGCGGUGAAUUCGAAUUACGUGUAGUACGACGUGGCGAUCUAUCUGGCUAUACCACGGUCGAAUUUCAAACCGAAGAUGGUAGUGCCGAAGCCGGCAGUGAUUAUGUGGGUAAAAAAGGUGUUCUCACCUUCCCACCCGGUGUCGACGAACAACGUUUCAAGAUCGAAGUCAUCGACGACGAUGUCUUCGAGCAGGAUGAACAUUUCUAUGUUCGUCUUAGCAACCCUUCAGAGCCGGCUAUAUUGUCCGUUCCCAAAGUGGCCACAGUUAUGAUAUUGGAUGAUGAUCACGCUGGUAUUUUCGCUAUUUGCCAAAAAGAUCACGAAUUGGUUGAAUCGGCUGGUUCGUACGAACUGAAAGUGCAACGUUAUUCGGGUGCGCGUGGCAAAGUUAUCAUCCCCUAUUGGACGGAGGAUGGUACGGCCAAGGGUGGCAAAGACUAUGAACCGCAACAAGGAGAAUUGGUGUUUGAAAAUAAUGAAACUGAGUAAGUGUAAUUGAAUUAUCCAAGAUAUCAUAUAAAUGUGUCAUAUUUAUAGGUAAGAUUUAAGUGAACGUAAAAUGUACAAAUAUUAAAUGAAAAUUAUGU